GGUGCUAGUUGGAAGUGGUUUUUCUUUUCGCGUUUGUUCGCAAUUAAAAGUGAAAUUACGAUUCUGCCACGUUUGGCCGUGGCGGUUGUAAUUGGAGUACUUCGCUCUUCCAGCAUUCGGCCAAAGUUUGUAAAUUCAAAGUUAAUAAUUGUGCAAUCGGUGGUGUGUGUGUAUCUUGUUUAACGAUGCCUACAAGCAUAUGAGAAAAAAGUGUUUGCUGUAAAUUUGCAAAAAUGCAAACCGACGAGGAGGAUGCUUUUGGCAGUAGUUCAGAUACACCCGUCAAACAAAUGCGGCCACUGCAAACGGACGAAUCGUAUGAGUUAUAUGCUACCAAGACAACAGCAUCGCUGGAAAGUCCACCAGCAACACCACCGGUCGGAAACGACAACGACACAAUCAGUAUAAAUGCCAAAAAGCACCAUGACGAAGACCAGCACCAGCACCAGAGCAAUAGCGACAAUGACGAUCACACUUCAGCAUACUCACAAUCCGAUGCCGAUGAAGAUUCAAGUUUAGUUUUCUUUAGUGAAGGCGACUUGCCGGCAGUCGAGUUUGAGCCUCCAUACACAGCGCCUCUUGCGCCAUUGCUCACGCCAAAAGAUUGGAAAAGAAAACAGCGUAACAGUGGCGAGCAAAAGCGUUCACGUCGGUCGAAAGCAAGUGUAAAAAGUAAGCGUCGAUCGCCGAGCGUAGCUCUAAAAGAGAGAUUUAAAAGCUACGACAGUCUAUGUGAGAUGUUUAUACAGCAGGAGAGGUAUGCCAGUGCUAACGGCGAUGCAGGCAACCAAUUGGGAAUCAACGCUCAUGAUGAUGACAAAGCGUACGAAUGUCAUAAACUUGACUACUACAAUGGUAACAGCGACGAUUGUGGGGCCGGCGAAUACGUCGAAUUUGAUGACAAACUGCUGCGCGGGAACUCAAGGAGAUUAUGCAGGCCAGCUGAUAAAAGAAAACUUCAACACACAACGAGUCUGACACUCGAUGCAGAGGCAUCGCGACAUCAACGCAACAAUUCAGCCAAAAAUAGCUCAAAGUACUCAACACCCUUAGCGCCAAUGACUGAUAAUAAUAUUUUAGAGUGUAAUUUUGUAAAUGAAGAAGACUGCUGCCCACCAAUCAAAUACAAUGAAACACUUUUCUUUGCGGAUGGUGUACGUUUGAUUGAUUUUGUGCUUGCCUACAAGGUGGAUCCGGAUGCUGCACAGGAGGCGCUUAACGCACAUAAGCGUUUUAAAUUUGAAGCCAAUCUAUUGGAGCAUGGCCUGCAAAUGGAGUUGGACUAUAAGGAGCAGCAGCAGAUACAUUUUGUGAAGAUACAUGCACCAUUGGAUGUGUUGCGUUGCUAUGCAGAAAUUUUAAAGCUACGUAUGCCUAUGAAGGAGAUACCAGGCAUGUCUGCAGUGAAUCGCUCGACCAGAAGCAUGUUUUCUAGUCUCAAAAGUGUUGUACAAUUUUUCCUGCGUCACAUAUUUGUGGAUGAAGGUAUAUUUCCGCGUCGCGCCCAUCGUUUCACAGCCAUCUAUAGUCGUGAUAAGGAAUAUUUAUUCGACAUCCAUCAUCGUUGCUUCUUCACCAAUGCAGUGCGUUCACGUAUAGUUCAGUUCAUAUUGGAUCGCCAAUAUUUCGAGGAGCGCAGCAAGGAUCCGCGUGCAUUUGGCAUUGAUCGUUUAGUGGAAUCAAAUAUUUAUUGCGCAGCUUAUCCGUUGCACGAUGGCGAAAUCACAGAGAAGGGUACUAUGCGUGAGGCACUGUACACUCACUGGGCCUCCGUCAACAAAUGGUAUCGCUAUCAACCGCUCGACUAUGUCAAAGAGUACUUUGGCGUAAAAAUUGGUUUGUACUUUGCUUGGUUGGGCUACUACACUUACAUGCUGCUGCUUGCCUCGCUGAUUGGUGUCAUCUGCUUUGUAUACUCAUUGAUAACUUUAAAAGAUUAUGUGCCAGUCCAAGAUGUAUGUGCCAACGAACGUACUAAAAAUCUUACCAUGUGCCCUCUAUGUGAUUGGUGCAAUUUUUGGUACCUCAAGGAGACAUGUUUUUAUGCCAAAAUUACCUACCUCUUUGAUAAUCCUAGUACUGUGUUCUUUGCCGUCUUUAUGUCCUUUUGGGCUACACUCUUUUUAGAGUUAUGGAAACGUUAUUCUGCUGAGAUAACGCAUCGCUGGGAUUUAACUGGCUUCGAUGUACACGAAGAGCAUCCACGUCCCGAGUACUUGACACGUUUGGAACAGUUAAAAAAUACGCGCACGCGCGUCGACUAUGUAACGAAUAUUAAAGAACCCACAGUGCCAUUUUGGCGCAUGAAAUUUCCUGCCACCAUUUUUAGUGUUUCGGUUGUAUUUUUAUUGAUAUUUUUGGCUUUUGUGGCGCUUGUAGCGGUAGUUGUAUACCGCAUGUCUAUGCUGGCGACGCUUAAACUGGGUUCUAGUACAAUGACUACAUCGAGCGCAAUUAUGUUGGCUACAGCGUCAGCGGCUUUCGUCAACUUGUGUCUGCUCUAUGUGUUGAACUACAUGUAUACACAACUCGCUGAGUACCUGACUGAAUUGGAAAUGUGGCGCACGCAAACCCAGUUCGAUGACUCACUGACGCUAAAGAUUUAUUUGUUACAGUUUGUCAACUAUUAUGCUUCCAUAUUUUAUAUAGCGUUUUUCAAGGGAAAAUUUGUGGGACAUCCAGGGCAAUAUAACAAGAUAUUUGACUAUCGACAGGAAGAGUGCUCUUCCGGCGGCUGUUUGACUGAACUUUGCAUUCAGCUGGCAAUCAUUAUGAUUGGCAAACAAACCUUUAACUCCAUACUGGAAGUGAUAAUGCCAAAGAUAUGGCGCAAAAUUAUGGCCAUACAAGUGGGUCUCUCACGUCUCUUUAGCAGCACGACUCAUGAUGUGAAUAAGGAAAAAGUGGAGCGCUAUUUGCGUGAUUUGAAAUUACUGGACUGGGGUCCGCGCAGCUUGUUUCCGGAGUACUUAGAAAUGGUGCUACAGUAUGGCUUUGUUACAUUGUUCGUAGCCGCCUUCCCAUUGGCACCGUUUUUUGCUUUACUCAAUAACAUUUUCGAAAUGCCUUGCUCCAUACCAAGGUUUUUCCUCUUAAGAUCUCGCGCACCCAGGGUGUUGAAAAAUACAGCUGAGAGAACAAAAGAUAAUGGAAAUAGUAAUGUUAACGAUGAUAAUAUUGGUAAUCGGAGUGGUUAUGGUAAUGGUAAUGCUAAUGGUAAUAGUAGUGGUAAUGGUAAUGAUAAUGCUAAUGGUGAUGACAAUGGUAAUGGUCAUGAUAAUACUUAUGGUCACGGUAAUGGUAAUAAUAAUGACAAUGGAUUAUCAUUAGAUAGUGCUAAUUGUAAUGAUAAUUUUAGACCUGUAGCAUCGAUGAAAACUGCGGCAACGCAAAACGAACAACAAGAAAAUGGCACAAUGUUCGAGGAUGGAGGUAGAAUAUUCGAGAGCAAGAAACGUCAAGUGGAAAAAAACUACGAACAGCGAGAGAAUGAGCGAUAG